UUGACAAUUUGCCAUCGAAAAGUAAACAACUUUGGUGGCUAGCAGUCUAUAGAAAAUAUACUACAAAUAGCGAUUGAGGAGAAGUAAAAGAAAGGAGACUAAAUUUUGUUCUCUUUUCAUUUAAAAAUUUUUACAAAAAAUUUAAGCUAAACAUAUAAUGUGGCAACACUCUGCUUUGCUGAUCUUAGCAUUAGCAUCUGCAGUUUGGGCUGGUGUGUUUCCAAAUUAUCAUGCCCAUUUUGAUUUCGUUACAUGGAAUGAUGAAAAGAAAUUGCAGGAUUAUGAGGCAGCCAGUAAAUGGUGGCAGACUGCUUCAUUCUAUCAAAUCUAUCCAAGGUCAUUUAAAGACAGCGAUGGUGAUGGUGUGGGCGAUUUAAAAGGCAUAACGGAAAAGUUGGAUUAUUUGAAAGAGAUUAAUAUAACAGCCACUUGGCUGUCGCCCAUAUUUAAAUCGCCCAUGGCUGAUUUUGGUUAUGAUAUUGCUAAUUUCUAUGAGAUUGAUCCACUAUUUGGUAGCAUGCAAGAUUUUGAGAAUUUAAUGAAAAAAGCUCAACAAUUGGGCAUUAAGAUAAUAUUGGAUUUUGUACCCAAUCACAGCAGUGAUGAGUGUGAGUGGUUUAAACGUUCGGCAGAAAAAGAUCCUUUCUAUAAAGAUUUCUAUAUCUGGCAUCCGGGUAAGAUAAUAGAUGGUGUUCGUCAUCCACCCACUAAUUGGUUGAGUGUUUUUCGCGGUUCCGCCUGGGAGUGGCAUGAGGGGCGUCAGGAGUACUAUUUUCAUCAGUUUGUGAAAAAACAACCCGAUCUCAACUAUCGCAAUCCCAUAGUGCAGGCCACUAUGAAAGAUGUUUUACGUUUCUGGUUGCAUAAGGGUGUAGCUGGCUUUCGCAUUGAUGCUGUGCCACAUAUUUUCGAGCGUGCUCCAGAUGCUGAAGGCAAUUUACCCGAUGAACCCAGAAAUCCCAAUGUUCAAGAUCCCGAUGAUUAUGGUUAUUUGCAACAUAUCUAUACUGUUGAUCAACCAGAGACUAUAGAUUUGGUCUAUCAAUGGCGCCAGGUUUUGGAUGAUUUUAAAUAUGAAUUUGGUGGUGAGGAUCGUAUCAUUAUGGCCGAAACUUAUUCACCCAUAUCGGUGGUAAUGCAGUAUUAUGGUAAUGCCACCAUGGAGGGAGCUCAAAUACCCUUUAAUUUUUUGCUUAUUAGUUCUUUGAAUAAUAAUUCGAAUGCUUAUAAUUAUGCUGAUAUUAUCCAUAGCUGGUUAGACAAUAUGCCCCAGGGCCGGACGGCUAAUUGGGUGCUUGGCAACCAUGACAAAAAUCGUGUUGCUUCCCGUUUGGGAACCGAUCGUAUAGAUAUGUUAAACAUGCUCAUACUCACCCUGCCCGGCUGUAGUGUUACCUAUAAUGGCGAAGAGAUUGGUAUGAAAGAUGUUUGGAUUUCUUGGAAUGAUACCGUUGACCCUUCAGCCUGCAAUUCCAAUCCCGAUAUAUAUGAAACGCUUUCACGUGAUCCGGAACGUACACCAUUUCAAUGGAAUCGUGAUCCUCAAAGUGGUUUUAGUACGGCCAAUAAGACUUGGUUGCCAGUGGCUCCCGAUUACUGGGAUGUCAAUAUGGAAUGGGAGAAACAUCAGCCAUCAAGUCAUUUGAAUAUUUUUCGAAAUAUUCAAUCGUUCGUAAGAAAUCAACCUGCAAUAAAAUAUGGACAGACACAAGUUAUGGCGGUUAAUCAAAAUGUUUUGGCGGUUAAAAGAUAUCUUUUGCAUGAGUUUACCUAUAUAACUUUAAUCAAUAUUUUCGAUAAUGAAGAAACUGUGGAUUUGCAAAAAACUUUAAGAGAUGUACCUGCCGAAAUGGUCUAUGUUUUAGUAACCCCAGCUUCUAAAGCUAAAAGGAAUGAUCAUGUCACAACCAACUCCAUUACUUUACAACCCAAAGAUGCUGUCAUUUUGAAAUCUACCGGCAAACUUACCACCACAGUGGGUUAUUUUACUUACUACAAGGCGGAUUAAAUAAAUUAAAAUCAUUUCAAUAUAUUUUUUUUUAUUUUUAAGAUUUUUAUUUUAACAUUUAUAUUUUUAUAGUUUUAAACUGAUUCUAAAAUAAUGGCCUCAUUACCCGCUAAGUUAACACUACUUAAAGUGACCAAGUCGCUAAAAUAAAAUUUAAAUAAAAAUAUUAAUAAAAAA